AUCAGAAUGGCAGCAAGGUGAGACCGUCCAGGGAGCCCAGGCCCUUUCACUGAGCGCCUGAGGUCGUCUGGAGCUCACUGGGCACCAUGGGUGUCUCACAUUCGUCCAGGGAGGAGUGGGAGCGCGAAAGCAGGACCGACUUAUGGUGGGCGCACAUCCAGGAGGCGUUCAUGAAGAAGUGCGACUUCAGCUGGGACCAGAUCAAGCAGUUGCACCAGAGGUUCCGGCUGCUGAGCGGGGACCAGCCCACCCUCCGACCCGAGAACUUCGACAACGUCCUGGACCUGGAGUUCAACCCGAUCCGCUCCAGGAUCGUCCGUGCCUUCUUCGACAACCGGAACCUGGGCAAAGGGACCAGCGGGCUGGCGGAGGAGAUCACCUUCCAGGACUUCCUAACCAUCAUCUCCUACUUCCGGCCGCUGGAGCCCCGGCCCAACAAGGAGGAGGCAGAGCAGUACCGCAAAGAGAAGAUGCAGUUCCUCUUCAACAUGUACGACCAGGACGGCGAUGGGAUCAUCACCCUGCAGGAGUACCGCCGGGUGGUGGAGGACCUGCUGUCGGCGAACCCGCAGGCGGAGACAGCCACUGUGCGCUCCGUCGCCAACUCCAUCGCGCGGGUCGCCUUGAUGGAGGCGUCCAGGGCAUCCGACCAGCCUCUGAAUGAGGACGAGCCAUACGAGGGCAUCACCUUCGAGGACUUCUUCAAGACCUGGCAGAGCCUCGAAUUGGAAGUCAAGAUGCAAGUCAGCUUCCUGAACCUACAAGCCAUGGCCUUCUGCCAGUGACCCGCCGGCUGCGGCACCCCCAAUGGAGAAGCUGCCCCUUGAACCCGGCUGACUCCAGCAGCAGCUCCAGGAUUCAAGAAAAUCCAACUUGGGUACCUGAGCGCUUGACUCGAAAAUUGCCUUCUGCUCUUCCUGAAGAUGAGACUACGAACCCUACUAUUGCUACUGGGAAUGAUAAUACAGGUUAAUUCGAUCACCCUGUGGGCUAUUGCCAGAUCCUGGCCAGUACCCAUGCCAGUCCAUAGCAAUUCUACUGUUUUACCAACCUUUUUCUCUACCUCCUGUUUGCGUGAUGUUCCUUGUAUAGUGCCAACUGGAGAAAUGCCCCAACGGUAUGCCACCACUAACGUUUCUCUGUUGCAUACCUUAUGUUUUACCAUUAAAGACUAUUCCCUGCCCUGUAUUUGGUUGCGUAGAGCCACGUUAGCUAAUUGGUUGAAUCCUAUAAGUGACAGCACAAUGAACACCGGGAUCAUCCUGGCUGCUUUGAGUCAAAUUGCCCAGGGAGUCUCUUCACCCAGCGAGGACAUGUCAGUCGAUAGUUCUGCUGAUCUGAACAUUACAACACUAAUUGUGAUGCAUAAUUGUAGUGUUCCAUCACGCCCAGGGCAAGGUAACUAUGCACAGAAUAGCUCUACCCGUAGUAGAGUCUUACCCGUUUGCCCCCCGAAUCAAGAGUUUCCACCUAAUUUUACCCCAUGUCAGAGUCCAUUCCAUAGAACAAAACAAUUCCUACCGGGAUUUGAAUUUUCCCCUCCUCUUGGCCAUGUACAGUAUGACUGGGGGGAGAAUAAGACUGGCAAGCAUAAUCUCUGGCCUUGGUUUCAAUGGGUGCUGUCCAAUGAGCAAGGGGCAUAUACAUCCCUGACCCCCUUUGCUAGGUUGAUGGGUGAGAACUUCACGCUGUAUAAUGUUUCGGCUACCAGAAAAAAUGAUACCAGGUUGACCAAUAUUCAAUAUAAUAACCUCUUGGAACAUAAUACUGCCACUAGUACUUCAGUAUGUGUUAGAUCACCUUUUUCUUUCUGAUAAGCACUAAUGUCAACAAUGGUGUUUUAAAUUGUAAUAGCUCUGAUGUAGUCUGCUAUUUAGCUGAAUGCUGAGAUGGCAACAAUGACACCUCAGUAAUGGUCAAGAUUCCCUCCUUUGUGCCAAUCCCAGUAGAGGCAAACCCAGAUAGUUUUCCUAUUCUUAAUUUGCUGUGAACCAAAAGAGAUUUUGGAAUUAUGGCAGUCAUAAUUUCAGCCAUCGUGCUGUCUGCUGCCGCAGCUACCACAGCUACAAUCGCUAUGACCAAUCAAAUACAGACAGCUGAGACUGUCAAUCAGAUUGUAGAAAGAACUACAAUGGCGCUAGAGAUACAAGAAGAAUUUAAUACUCAUUUGGCAUCUGGCCUUCUAUUAGCCAAUCAAAGGAUAGAUUUAGUUCAAGAACAAAUUGAAACACUGUAUCAUAUGACACAGCUGUCUUUCCUCCCUAAGAGGUUUAUACAUUACUCCUUUACAAGCCAACUUUUCUCAGCAUUCUCAACAGAGCAAAGAAAUCUCAAAUUAUCUGAAAGGAAACUGGUCCAUGAAAGCAGAGCAACUAUCCAGACAAUUGCUGAUACAGAUUGCUGUCCUCAACAGCACUAGGCUGGACCCCAUCACAAUUGAAGACUUUACCUCAUGGAUUACCAAUGCUUUCUCCUUUUUUAAGGAGUGGGCGGGCAUGUUUGCCUGGGGAGCUAUUGUCCUCCUGGGAUGCGGAGUAUGUCUCUGGCUUAUUGGCCGUUUAAAAAGAGAACAUGCCAGACACAAAGCGGUUGUUUACCAGGCUAUGACUGCCAUUGACAAUGGUGCUUCUCCCAAUGUAUGGCUGGCCUCUUUGAAAGAGUUCGCCCUAGAUCAUUUUUGUCACAGUCAUGUGGGGUCAUUGUAUCCAGGGACGGGCAACUUUCCUCGAGCUCAGACCAACCUAAGACACGGGGCCCGGUGGCGAUAGGGUGACCCAACGACGGGUAAGGCCGAGUCAUCGUCAGGAACGACCUAAGACAGGAGCAAUGACAAGAUUGACGUGACACCCAGAUCUAGACCAGUCAUUUUAUUAAACAAAAAAGGGGGAGAUGUAGGGAGCGGUGCGACAGCUGUAUGAUAAUGAGGUGAAUCUGGCGCCCUCCUAACAACAGUACUGAGCAUGCAUGGAGUUUUGCACCUGACGUCAGUCUGGCUGGGGCGGUACUAUGCUAAAUGGGAGUUCAUGCCUUGCCAAUCUCUGGAGGACAAGUAGCUGGGAUGGCAGUGGGGUGACUCGUGCCCCACCAAUCCCUGAAAGAAGAUUAGCAUACUGUUGUGUAUAUAAGCCGAGCGGCAAAGGCGCGGUAACACUUAAAGCUGUAACACUUGGAGCUGUAACAUUUGGAGCUGUAACACUUAGGGCUGGCUGCCGCCGCCUCCCUGUAUCAACAAAGAAGGUGUCCUGCAGUAAAGGCUGUUGAGAAGAAUCCAACCGUGUUGCGUCUUCCUUGCCGGACGAGGUGGGCGCGACACCGUGGGAAGAAGUCUUACGACUUACUGCUUGGCAGUGAUUUCACACUGAAGAAGCGUGAACGUGGAGUGUGGAGAGGCCUUUGGUUGCUUCUGAUUAGCAGAAAAACUCAUAUUGAUUUGAGAAAACCUUAGGAGUGUAAGGACCUUGGGGAGGCCUAUUGUGGGACCUCAAACCUUGCCAAAUAAACUUGGAAUUCAUCCUCGCGAGACCCUCGUCAGUAUAAAGAAUGUGGGAGAGGCUUCCAUUAUAGCAAUCGACUUUCACAGCAUUGGGAAAACCAUACCAGCGAGAGACCUUCUAAUUUUGAGACUGUGUGGAACGGCUUUUUGUUGGCGUCAUCAACCCGCUUGCCAUCCUGAAGUUCACAGCGGCAAAAAAACAAAAACAAAAACAAAAAAAGCCUUAAUAUAAAUGGAUUUGAGGAAUGUGGGAAGGUCUUUAAUUGUGGAUAAAAUUUGUUCGAUAUAGAAAAUAAAACCCAUAUUGUCAAGAAACAUUAUGAGUGUAAGGAAAGGGAAAAGGCCUCUAGUUAUGGUUCGAGACUUGUUAGACCACAGAAAAUCCACACUAGUGAAAAACUAUGAAUGCCAAGACUGGGUGGGGCUUGUGUAGCGAUCUUUGAUUGCCUUAAAUGACGCCAGUUACUUUGUACGUAAGGACCGCGGGAAGACCUUUGAUUAUAGAUCAAGUUUCGUUCCGUGUGGAAGAACUCACGCUGGUGAGAAAGCACACCAGUGUAAGGAAUUCAGGAAAGGCUUCCGUCUUACUGGUCAUCUCGCUCACCAAGGGAAACACCACACCCAUGAGAAAGCUCUUGCCUGUGAAGAGCACAGAAAGGCCUUUAGUGAGGUUCGAGCCUUGUGAGACAUGAGAGAGUCCACACAGGUGAGAAGCUCUCUGAAUGCGAAGACAGAAGGCUUUGGGUAGUGACUGUCAACUUAGCCUUUGCUCACCAGAGAUGGCCUACUGCUGGGGAACACCAUCAAUGCGUGGGGGUUGGGGAGACCUUUGCCUGAGCCUCACGGUUCCGAUCCACUUGAGAGAACUAAUGGCUAGCUAUAAAGAUGCAUGCAAGGCUUUUCGCAGACAUUUGACUCGGAUGAGAACAUCGGCGCUGGUGAAACCCGCAGCUAGAUAGACAUGAGCUAGCUAGGAAGCUAUUGAAGAUGCACCGCUCCCCCUCCUUCCCAUCCGUUUCCCUGGUAACAGUACAAAUAGAAGCAUCAAAUCAGCUCCUGACGACUUAAAUUGUCCUGUAGAAAUUAUAGGUAUCCGGAUUUGGUUGAGGUCAUUAAAGAAAACCUACUUCCCCCAGUAGCUGUGGGUAGAGACAGGAUAUUGCAAACUCCACAGUGUGUGUGCCUGCCUGCCUGCCCGGAGAUUGCUCUUUGUUGAGUUAAUACUUUUUCCUUCCUGGAGACCCCUCCCCUCAGUGCAACUCGCAGAGCGCGCUAGCACCGCCCUGCUGCUUCUCUAACUCGGAAAAAGGGAGGCUUUGCUGAUGUUAUUUCUCCGCAGGCGAAAUGAGACAAGGUGGGAGUUUAUAAAGGCAGGUUUAUUGGGAAGCGGCUCCCGGCUCCCGGGCCUUUUCCCUGUCCCAGGAAAUGAGGCCCGGGAAGUUGCCGUGGGGAGGGAGACAAUGGGGAGGGAGGAGGGAAACAGACAAAGAGUGCAAGCACCUGGGGAGAGAGAAAACGCAGAGAGAGGGAGAGGAGGGGAGGGAGACACCAAAAAUGUCUGGAUUAUAUGGGGUAGAGCUUCUAGGGGAGAAGCCCAGCCCCUGUGCUAUAAAGUUCAGGGUAGGGGGCGGAUUUGCCAAGUUGGGACUGAGGGAUGUACCUGGAAGUCAGGUCCGCUUUAAUGUGUAACAGGUAUGCCUCAGCUCCUUGUCCCAGGUCUGAAUCCCAACAUUUCUUUUUUUCCUUCUUUACAACUUUUUCUUCCGAAUUCCAGCUGAAGCAUGGGCAUGCUUUCCCAAACACCCUAAGGGCUUUUCAGCUUUUCUGAUAUAACCCCCCCACUUCCCACCCCCUCCCACAAAGAGGCUUGCCAAACUCCUGCUGGCUUUCUCAGACUCUUACACUAGAAAGUGUGACCUUCUCUUUCCCUCAUCUCCAGGUAAUCGUCAGGAUUCCCGUUGUCCCUGCCCCAGUUGUCUCUCUGAGUCCAAUAACACUGUCCUCAGACUUCCUUCUGAGUCCAUUUUUAAAUGAUUUUAUUAGCAAGCCAAAACAGACAAAAAUCUUAGUAAGUCAUGAGUAUACAAUGCCGGAAACAUAGACUCGUUUCUUUCCAUGCCACAAUCCAUCGAGUAGCAAUUUGACAAGCUAUAGCACAUGCAAGGGUGGCAGCUUGCCAGAUAACCCCGCCCGCCUUGCUAAUUCAGAUUCAUUUAGUUCAGUUUUAAUUACUAGUACUAACAUUGUAUAAUGUAUAAUAACCUUAGAGAUUCAGGAGUCACUCCACAAACCACACGAACACCAAGCUCAGUCAGACAGGGAUGGUUUAUUGAACGCACACCAGAAGACUGAUCGACCAGGGUGAUGGCUCAUGCUCAAGGGCUUGAAGCUGAGCACUGGACAUUUCUCAGGGCCAGCUUAUAAAUAUGAAACUGCAGAGACCACAGUGAGCUGCUACUCACGUGCUGGAGGCACUGCCCCGUGGUCAUCCCUGGCUCAAGCCAUUUUAGACCUAACGGUUCAUAUUGACCUUAAAUUUGAUGGGUUCUAAGUGAAGCUUAUGGCUGUGAUUUCCUAAGAUUGACAAACCUCAUAACACAGAACACAGGGUAUGCGGUCAGCAUGACCCUGCUCUGCGUCAAGUUGUCUUUCUGUGUCAGUGACUGGCAGGUGUGUUACAGUAACAAUUUGACAUAGAUUGUGGGUAGGGAACAAAAUGGCUACAGCUAUGCUAGGAAGGCAGACUUCAACAAUAACUAUGUUCACUUAUCUGUUACAUGGUAGCUGAAACCUAAUUCAUAAUCUCCUGAGGUGUGAGGUUUAUCAGAAUGAGGGGACCACAAAGCCAUGACUGGACCGUGAGGUAGGAGGGAGAGCAUUAGACAGAAAUAGUAGAAAGCUAUGGUGGCUGUGCUUGGCUGUCAGGUUGACUACAUCUGGAAUGAACUAAAAGCCCCAGCUAUGGGCUUCUUAGUCAACUGGAUCCAGUUAGGAAGACCUGCUUAAAUACAGAUCAUUUGAUGGGGGAGACCCACUCUGAAUCUGUGCCACGUCUUCUCAUGGCAGCCUGAUGGAAAGGGCAGGUAAGGGAGAAGCUUUUGCUACUGGCCUGUUUGCCCUCACUGGAGUCCAUUCCUUCACUGACAUUAGACCCUGCUUCUUUGGGAUUCUGGUGUAUACUGAGGAUGAGCCAAGACAUCCAGCCUCCUGAACAACUACUGGACUCUUGGACUGUCCACUGGUGGACAGCCAUUGCUGGACUACCCUGACACCAGCCUGGAAGCCACUCUAAUGAGAGGGAGAGACCCCUUCAGGGUACCUUCCUAAGCACCGAGGGCUCUUUUAAAGCCAAAUCCACAGAAUCUGACCCCUUACAGUCUUUUGGAGGUGACAAGAAGUUUUGCAUCAUGUGAUUUAGCACAGGAUACUGUUUGUGGUGAAAACCAUUCAGGGGCCAGGGGCCAGGGGCCAUGAAUUGAGAGCAGUUGAGCCAUAUAGCAGUCUUCUUGGGCAUGAGUCCAUGCAGGCUUCUAUAAUUUUUUAUACUCAGUCCAGGUCCAUUAUCUCACUUACUAUAAUUAUUUGCCUCUUAGUUUACACAGAACAUUUUUAAAAUGUAUUUUUACUUAUGUGUAAGUAUAUUUCUCUGUGCGUGCCACUUGUGCCUUAGAGGCCAGAAGAGGGCAGCAUAUCUCUGGUGCUGGAGUUAAUGGCAGUUGUCAGCUGCACCCCCCCCCCCCCCGUGUGAGUACCCGGGACCCAAACCCCAAAGAUACGGGAGCUUUUAACUGCUGAGCAUCUCUCAGGCCCCACGUUCCUUUAUAGUUAUUUCCUUCUCCUUUCGCAACACUGUGUGCAUGAGUCAGAGUUCUCUAGAGAAAACUUAUAGAAUGAAUCUAUGUGUAUUUUACGGGCUGUGGUCGGGCUAGUCCAACGAUGGUUGGUUAUUAGCAUAAAGUCCAAGGAUUCAGUGGUUGUUUGGUCUACAAAGCUGGAUGUCUCAGUAUGUACUAGACACCUGAAGAAGUUGGUUCCAAUUCUAGUGAAGGAAUGGGCUGGCCAGUGAGAGUGAGAGAAGGCAAGAAAAAGAGCCAAAGCCUCCUUCUUCCCUGUCCUUUAUACAGGCUGCCAGCAGAAGGUGUGGCCCGGGUUAAGGGUAGCUCUUCUCACCUCAAAAGGUCUGGAUUAAAAGUUGGUCUUUCGGGCUGGAGAGAUGGCUCAGUGGUUAAGAGCACCGACUGCUCUUCCCAAGGUCCUGAGUUCAAAUCCCAGCAACCACAUGGUGGCUCACAACCAUCUGAAACAAGUCUGAUGCCCUCUUCUGGUGUGUCUGAAGAUAGCAACAGUGUAAUCAUAAUAUAUAAUAAAUAAAUAAAAUAUUUUUUAAAAAAAGUUGGUCUUUCUGCUGCUCCAUUGUUCUCAGCCUUUAACCUCAGCACUCGGGAGGCAGAGGUAGGGGAAAUCUCUGUGUAGCCUGGUCUACAGAGUGAGUCCCAGGAUGGCCAGGGGUACACAGAGAAACCCUGUCUGGGAAGAAAGAAAAAAGUUGGUCUUCCCACUUCUGUAGGCUUAGAUUUUUUUUUUUUUUUGGUUCUUUUUUUCGGAGCUGGGGACCGAACCCAGGGCCUUGCGCUUCCUAGGCAAGCGCUCUACCACUGAGCUAAAUCCCCAACCCCUUAGAUUUUUUUUUAAACCCACUUUUAAUAAGAUUUGUAAAAUGCUCUAAGUUCCCUUCUAGCCCAACCCCCACCAGAGGUAGUGGAAAGGAAAGGUUAAUAGGGCAAAGGAGGAUGUGGACCGGUUUAGAAGCAGUUCUUUGGGCCGAUCCCAAUCUUCAUUGUCAGGAUAGCUGCAGUUCAGCUCACAGGAAUCAGCAGUGGCGGCUCAAUCCACUUGCAGACACCAUUAGUGAAUCAGCCGUGGCACGGCUCCUAAACACCACUUACAAAUCAGCAACAGCAGGUCAAUCCAGCAGAAACCACAAGGCUCUGUCAAUUGGUCUGAGUCUGAGGAAGCAGCAAGAAGCCACUGGAUAUCACCAGAAGUUCUUUGGUGACAUUACUGUCUAUGAAGUCAAUGCAAACAACAACCAGCAAAGGGUGGCAAGGUGUACCAAUACCACACAGCCUAGUCCACUGUCUGUUGAUUUAUAUUUAUAUCCUUUCCAAAUAUCACAUGUUCUCUCAAGUGUCUCCUCUAGCAAAAACAUCACAUGCCCCCUUUCCAGGCUGCUUCCAGAAACACACCAUGUGCCUAUUCUCAGUAAAACAUCCUCUCAUAUGUCUACCUUAGCAAAAAAAAAACAUCCUCUCACAAGACAGCUUCCAGGAACCAUCACACGACACAACUGAGUCUCAAAAGAAACCAAAAUUUUUUAUUUCAUACUUCAAAUGAUUUAAUUAAAAAAAAAAUACCCAGCCAGAUGGUGGUAGCACAUACCUUUAAUCCCACACUUUGGAGACAGAGGCAGGUGGAUCUCUGAGUUCCAGGCCAGCCUGGUCUUCAGUGAGUUCCAGGAAAGCCAGGGCUAUAUAGAAUAAUCUUGUCUCCACAAACAAAACAAACAAAAAACAAGGAGAGAAAGAAAGGAAGAAAAGAAAAGAAAAUGAAAGAAAGAGAGAAAGAAAGAAAGAAAGAAGAAAGAAAGAAGAAAAAAAUUCCUCAUGGGUAUACCCAGCAACUUUGGGUUUUCACCAAUUCCAAUGCAGUCAAUUUUAUAACCAAGAAUAGUAACCAUGGCUGGUAAAGCAGAAAAAUGAGAAAAGGGAACUGAGGUUGAGCUCUACAAGUCUUCAUUCAGACACAACCUGGCUAAUUUGUUUCUUGUGUUUCUGAGACGUGUGCUGCACAUGUAACUGGUGGUUUGAAUGAGAGUGCUCCCAUAGGCUCAUCGUGUAUUUUAGUGCUUAGUCACCAAGGAGUGGAACUGUCGGAGGAUUACAAGGAUUGGGAGGUGUGGCCUUGUUGGAGGAAGUGUAUCGCUAAGGGUGGGCUUUGAGAGUUAAAAACCACUCCAAGGGCUGGAGAGAUGGCUCAGUGGUUAACAUCACUGGCUGCUCUUCCAGAAAUCCUGAGUUCAUAUCCCAGCAGCCACCACAUGGUGGCUCACGACCAUCUGUAAUGAGAUCUGAUGCCCUCUUCUGGUGUGUCUGAAGACAGCUACAGUGUACUUAUAUAUAAUAAAUCUUUUUUAAAAAGCCCAUUCCAGGCCCAGCCUUUCUCUCUCUGUCUGUUGCCUACGGAUCAGGUGUAUGGCUGUCGGCUCUGCCCCAGCACCAUGCCUUGUCUGCUUUCCGCCACGAUGAUCAUAGACUGACCCUCUAAAACUGUAAGCAAGCCCUCAGCUAAGGGCUUUCUUUUCUUUUUGGUCACGGUGUCUCUCUCUCUUUUUUUUUUUUUUUUUUUUUUUUUGGUUCUUUUUUUCGGAGCUGGGGACCGAACCCAGGGCCUUGCGCUUCCUAGGUAAGCGCUCUACCACUGAGCUAAAUCCCCAGCCCCGGUCACGGUGUCUCUUAACAGAAACAGAAUAAUAACUAAGGACUCUUUCCUCAGCCUCUGGAGUACUUAAGUUCCUAACACGCCCAACUUCCACCUGUUAAUUCAAAGGAAAAUUGUACGCUGGUGGAGAAAGAGUCUUACAGAGAAUUCCAGACGCUUCCAUGGGAAAACUCCACGGGAAAAACUGAAGCAUAAUCCGCAUGUUUAGUGGGAUUUCGGAGGCUAGAAAACAAAGCCAAUGAAUACAAAGAAUCUAGGAAACGCUACUCAGGCAUGGGGCGCCUGUGCACUCUUUUGACUACUUUGAGGGGCUUCUGCCUCUAGGAAUCCUGGGAGUUGUAGUUCUGGAGGACGUUUCCGGGCAUUUCUCCGGUAGAGGUCGGAGUCCUGCGACUGCGUUUCGUUAGGGAGGUUGCAGGGACGUCUGUUUCAUGGCCCCUGUUAUGUUCUUCUCAGAGUGACCAGCAGUGGACCUGCGAGGGGACUUACCCAAUGAUGCCCGUCACCACGCUGGGACUGGCACUCCGUCUCUGGCCUCUUUAUACCUGAGGACACGCACACAGUGGAAGAGCUGCUGUCAACAUCACGCAACUGGCCAGACAAGAGCUUCUUCCCAGCCACACCAAGGAGUGGACACCAUGGCUAAAGCUGUGCAGUCAUGGGGACAGCCGACGCACGCCACUGAGCAGACUCUCGAGGGCAGUCUUCUCCCCGUCAUGUCUUCCCAAGACGAAGCUGUUCCCCAGGAAGACAGAAGGAUGACCAGCAGCAAGGAGACGGUGACGUUGAAGGACAUGACUGUGGUCUUCAGCGAGGAAGAACUGGGGCUGCUGGAUGCUGCCCAGAGGAAGCUGUGACGUGAUGCUGGAGAGCCUGAGGAAUGUGGCAUCCCUGGGGCAUCGGAUCGGGACUCCAGAUGGUUUGCUCAGGCUCAAGAGAGAAGACAUGUUUUGGCUGUUGACAGUGGCUCGCUGGAGCAGUGGGUCUAUGGGUGAGGACAGUGCAGCAGCUCGCCCGCCUUGCUUCUUAACCUGGGGAUGGGUUUGGGGCUGGGGUGGGCCAGGGCUCUGGUCCGCCCCCACCGUCAGCAUCCAUCUCCACAUGUACUGACUCCCAUGACGCUUGGUCACAUCAUCACCGCUGGCCUGCCUAGGCCUGCCAUCUUCCCAAGUGACGACAUGGAGACAUGUUAAUUAUGGAAUCCUAUGCAGUAGCGUACUCAUUCCCACCUAGCUUGUGUAACUUAAAUUAACCCACUUAUGUGUAUCUACACUGUGUUGCAUGAAUGAUGCUACUUGGUAAUGGAUACCUUGAUAGUGUGGUACAAUUAACUUAUUCUGUGUCUGGUUGGUGAGGCCUCCCACCUGACUCUUUCCCAGAAUUCCCAUCUCUGCCCAGAAGUCCCGCCUAUCCUCUCCUGCCUAGCUAUAGGCCAUCAGAUCUUUAAUAAACCAAUUGGAAGAUGCCUUCAGUAGAUGAGGAAGGACAGAGAA